AGCGAGCGCAGUGCCCGACACACACCAAGUCCCGGCACGGCACACGACUAGAGGCGCGCACAGUCCGGCACAGUCCACUCGGCGAUACGACCCAUGCUGGACCGUCGUCGUCGCUCUGGUCCACGCCGGCAUCCAGCACCCGCGCCGUCACCAGGCCGCAUCACGUCAGACGAUGCUGUUGACGUUGCGAGUCGACGUCGCGUCAUCCCCGCGAUCGCGCGUACUUGAGGGACUAUCGCGGGUGCACCCGCGAGUCGGCAAUUAAAAAUAGAAAAGACGAGAAAAAUAGGAGACCAACGUAGUUGGAUCGUGGAGAAGAAGGAUCCGUGGACGAACGACGACCUCUCGGAGAACUCUCCGGUUCAUCGAACUCGCGGCGCGACGCUUUUGGACUUGUUUAUAUUUACCUUUUUUUUUCCGAACUCCCCGUCUUCUCGUUGACCCGUGAACCCGACAAGACUGGAGACGACGCGAAUCCAGUGACUGUGAACACCGUUCGCGCGUGCAAAAUUUCGGCAGACAGAUAUAUAUAUACAUACGUAUAUUGUGCGGAUAGACCUGCUGUCAGUCGCGAAGGUGCCUCACCGUUUCGUCCACUUUGGCAGAAGCCAAAGCUCACCUGUGCGGGGGUUCGUCGUAGUUUAUAGUCCGCGUUCAGUCUCGCUCCGUCUGUCAUAUGUCGCGCGUUCUAUUUGUCGCGUUGGUGGACGCGGAGCAGUCGCGGAGGAGCGCGACCGACGAGGAACAUGAGGACCGACAUUAGUUGACGAAUAAGUGUGUUUCCGGGUGACGAGUGUCGGAUAAACGAUACGAUUUCGAGGAGAGACGGUGGUGGUUCUCGGUACAAACCUCAUCUCCAAAAUCGGAUGGACAGCUUCGCGAUAGACGAGAACGCGCGGCGGAGGUGAGAGGGAGGAGGGCGGAAGCGUGACGACGGCUGCCAAAAAUCCGGGGGUCCUUCGUCCUUUGGCUACGGUUCCGUCACCCACGCGCGCUCGUCGCUUCCUCCUUCCUCAUCUCGUCCCCGCGGAUGUGAUCCGGGAAGAUAUAACCCGCCGUCAACAAUAACAACAGCAACAACCCCUUUCCGUCCCCCAGGAGCCCAGGCUCGAGUUUUGCUCUUCCGAGAAACAGUGCUACGCGACGAGAGUCGAAAAUCGCAAACGCCACCAUGAGGAUCAAAAUGCCCGCGGUCAGGAUCGCGCAAGCGGAAACCUCGCAAGGUACCACGUCCCCAGACACCGUCCAAUGCGGGGGCUGUAGGGCGUCCUACCCCCUCGGCGAGAUCGUCCGGUUCAUCGAGCACAAGGUCAACCACUGUCGCAGCACCCUCCAGGGUUGUCACAGUCCGCCGGCGACGGCCGCGCCGGAGGACUCCGAUCCCGAGGACGCUCUCACCCUCAAGACCGCCGAUCCGGACUCGAAGUUGAACUCGGUCCCCAGUAUCUCCGCGCCCAUCAACAAGAGGAGCGGCCGGUUGGAGAGUCCGCCGACACCUCAGGGCCCGGGCCCGGAUACCGGGAGUCCGAUCGACCUUAAGGCGAGCGCCAGCUCGACGCCAAAGAGACGGACGGAAGCGCCGGAUGAGGACAAGGAGGACCUUCCGAAGAAGCAGAAGACAGAGUCCGUGGACGCCGACACGAACACGGUCAAUUCCGAGCCCAGAUGGCUGCAGUGCUCGCAAUGUUCCCGACGUCUGUGCUCGGCGUGGGAGCUUCUUCAGCACGUACAGAGCAUGCACGGUGCUCGUCUGUACUGCUCCUCCUCUUCGUCGACAAACUCAUCGUCGAACACCCCGGCGCCGAGUCCACCGACGCCUACGCCGACGCACGCGCAUCAUCUUAGCCCGCCGAAUCAUCUGAAUCUGAGCGGCAAGUCAACCGGAAGUUCCUCGGCGGCGAACUCAUCGGGCGGUACAAAUACAAGUGGCAGCAGCGGUGGUCGACAGCAGCUUCAGACCUCGGCUUUUGUGGGAGAUCCUCUGCACAGUUUCUUGAGGCUACCCCAGCACUUGGAGCGAAGUUUUCCGCCUAUGUUCAGGCCCGACUUCCUCACCCUGAAUCCUCUGGCAGGUUACAGAGGUCUCCAGGAACUGCAGACAGCCACGCGAAAUCUGCAGAAUCUCGGCGAUCCGCUUCGCGGUAUGGACGGCUUGAAUCUCGGCGAUCCGCUCGUACGCAGCUCGUUGGAUUCGCUCAACAACGCCCGGAAUCUCGCCAAUUUGGCCGAAUUGUCGCACGGUCGCGGCCUCGGCGGCCAAGCACAUCCACCGCCACUCGAAGCGAACCUGGAUUUUUACUCAGCGCGCCUAAGGAGCCUCGCUAAUCCGUCCUUAGGCGCGGCUCCACCUACACCAAGCGGUAAUCCCACAACAAAUCCCCCUCCUCCUCCGGUACCACCAGUCCCAUCGGUUCCUCUUGCCAGUAACGUUCAACAGCAGCAGCAGCAGCAGCAACAACAACAGCAACAGUCGCAACAGCAACAAUCGCAAUCUCACUCGCAAGUUCAUUCGGUAGAACCGCCUAGUCCGGCCUCGGCCAACCCGAAUCUGAGCCACGGUAAUCAUCAGAAGGAAAACUCGCCGCCCUGCUACAGCCAGAGUCCGGUGGGUCAUCACAACAACAAUAAUUCGACCGACAGCGAGAAGACAAGCCCGCCGGUAGCUUCGACGCCGAUAAUUACCGACUCUUCGUCGGAAACAGUGUACACGUGCGAGGUCUGCGACAAGAAGUUUCGCUUCCAAUCCAACCUGAUCGUCCAUCGUCGCAGCCAUCGAGACAAGGAGAGACAGUACCAGCAACAAGAAAGCACGCAGGACGGCCAGAGUCCGCCGACAAGGUGCGAGGUGUGCGAAGUCGAGGUGACGAGCUUCACCGAGCUGAGGAAGCACAUGAGGAAGGAGCAUCAGGAGCAUUUAAACUCGGCUGCCAGUCCUCAAGGUAGCGUCGAAACGGUACCGGACGACGGGUCCAGCUGUGACGAGAACAUGGAUCUGGACGAGUUGGAGGAGAACGAGCAGAAGACCGAGCGCGAAGACGCGGAGGAGAAUACACCCGAGGAUCUGAGCACCAAUCAAGGACAGAGCGAGGAGAGCGGAGGUCGGAUAGAGAAGCCGGCCAGUCUGGUAGGUGAUCUUAUGGAGAAGUUUGGAUUGAGCAACAUCGCCCAGUAUUCCGAGGCGUAUCGACAAGCGCUACAAGAGAACCAUCGCAGCGGUUUCCUGAAGACCGAUUCGCCUUGCAAUCUCGCAAACUCUCUGAACAACAACAAAGAGAAGGAAAGCGCGCUCUCGCCAACCAAUUUCAACUCCUCGACGACGCCAAAUAUUUUUUCCGGCCAGGGGUUUCCUAGAUCCUCGGGGCCGGACUUUGGCGGUCUCUGGCUACCCAGUCCGCACUACUUGGAGAACAACGAAUUUCGGAAGGCAUCCAAAGCAACGACGUCCAGCCUGGCGCUUCAGGGUCUGCCCAGCCCGUUGCUGAAGAAGGAACGGAGCGGCCGAAACGACACUUGCGAAUAUUGCGGCAAGGUCUUCAAGAACUGCUCGAACCUGACGGUGCACAGGCGGUCGCACACUGGCGAGAAGCCGUACAAGUGCGAGCUCUGUUCGUACGCGUGCGCCCAGAGCUCGAAGCUGACUAGGCACAUGAAGACUCACGGCCGACACGGCAAGGACACGUAGUGUCGCUUCUGCGAGAUGCCGUUCUCGGUACCGAGCACGCUCGAGAAACACAUGAGAAAGUGCGUGGUGGUGGUGCAGCAGGGCCCCAAGCUGGAUAUACCGUACCCGGUGAUCAAGGACGAGGAUUCGUCACUCAGUAGCAAAGAUACUUGAUCCUGGAACGGAAGCCUACCGCCGAUCCCGCCGUUGUGGCCGCACAGGCCGCCUUACCCGGUGUACUGAAGACGUGGAUCUUCCUCCUUAGCGACCUCGAGAAAGGGAGAGACACGACUGAAUCGCGCAAGACUGUCUCGAUCUCUGUCUUGAAGACGUCGACGAUCUUGACAACGCGAUUUCGGAAGAAUCUCUCGCCGCAAAGUAUCCGAGGUCACCUCUCGAGGAGAGGUGGUAGGUCGAUGCGCGAUCUCGAGAAUCUCUCGACCAAACGGCCUGGAAAUGGCCCGGAAUUAUUUAAAAAAAAAAAAAGCAACGGGAGAUCUAGCAAAGCUGGAGUUUCGACUGCUUCGAGGAAGAGAGGAUCCUCACUCGAUCGCCGGGACGAAGGCAAUGUUCACGUGACGCGAAAACAAGGAGACAGUAUAAAGAGAAAAGGUGCUCGACGAGAAAGAAACCUGCUCCGCGUUUAACUAACUAAAAAAAAUCGAACGAAUGGUUACCAGUUUGCGAGUCUCAGCACAGCUAUUUAAAUUAUGUAUCGCUAUAAAUAGUUAUAAAUAACGCGGAAAAA